AUGUACACGGACGAGGCGCUGAAAAUUACCUACCGCUUGCCGGAUGAAUUGCUGCCCACAUCUGUGGAAAUAUAUGAUGAUGAUCCAGAGAAUCCUCAUAUAAUCGCGCAACAGACCAAGAUGAGCUCGUUUGAGGCGCUUGAAAAGCUACGAUACGACCCACUGCAUGGCUUGCCACGCCCAGAACACAUGCCGACCCAUGAAUAUGAGCAGGAGCUUCGGAAUCGGCUUGUGCGUCACAACACGCGUCGGAAGGACCAAGUGUUUGCGCCUGACUGGCGCGAGCUCAUGGACAACUGCUACGAGCGCCGUCUUGCACAAAGCGGCAGAAACGCGAGCAGUUCGUCACGCGACUUGGAGUACCUCACAAACCCAGCGAUCAAGCGCACCGCCAUUGUGAUGCGCUCGUAUCAGGGAUAUCCAUGGCGUGAAGACGAUAUUUUGAAUCUGCGCGCGAUGAUCAGCGAGCUCUCGCUCAACAACCCAAAUAUGCCGUAUGAUGUCCGCAUUCUCGUCGAGGUCAAAGACCCGAACCUGAGCGUGUUUACGUCCGAAUGGGACCGGUAUCGCGUGCUUGUGACGAGUGUGCCACGCGAGUUCUGGGGCCUGGUAGAGUUUUGGUCGGAGAAGCAGCUCGAGGUGCUGUAUGCCGGUCUGCCAGGCAAGUUCAUUAACAACAUGAUUGCACAGACCUCGUACCGCGCGUGUCUGAUGGCACUGCAAACAUUCUGGCUCAACCACCAGGAAUACGAUUAUGUGUACAACUGGGAAAUGGACGUGCGCUACAUCGGCAAUUAUCUGGACUUUUUCGAGGGCAUCGAAGAGUAUGCGCGCCGCGAGCCACUACAGCCAGGCAUGACGAAGUACGAGACGUGGUAUAUGCCAAACGUGCCUGCUUCAGAGCAGAUCUGGCGUACGCCUAUACCCGAGACAUCCAAGGUCGGCGAAGAGGCGGAUCUCAUCACGCUAGGCCCCAUCUUCGAUCCCCGCGGCAGCGGCUGGUACUGGACACAUGACGUCCAGAACUAUCCCGAAGGCUGGAACACGCACCGCCGUGCUUCGAUCGGCACAAACAUGCGUAUGAGCCGAGGCCUGCUUGAGGCCAUGAAUGUCGUCAAUGCCGAGGCAAAGAAGUCGCUCCAUUGCGAGGCCUGGCCAACGACCUUGGUUCUGCACUCUCAACUUCCUCCUUCGCACAACCAGUCGUUUUAUCCGGAAGCUGGCUUCACGUAUACGCUUCCGCUGCCAUUCAAGGGUGUCUUUGCCCCGCACCCCAUCUACUUCCGACACGACUGGGACUUGCAUGAACUGAACCAGCUCCUAAAUCGCCAAGACUUUUACGAGAAGAAAAAUGAGAACCUCCACAAGGACUCGUCGUUUUAUUACCACGCACAACAUGCGAAAGAACUCUACAUGGGCUGGAAAAACAAUCCGGAGGUGUGUCGCGCCCCUUCUAUGCUUCAUCCCAUCAAGCGCGUCGAUUAG